UGUGUGUGUGUGUAAGCAGGGGAGGAGCAGAGAGAGGGAGAGAGAGAAUCCCAAGCAGGCUCCGUGCCCAGCACAGAACCUGAUGACAUGAGGCUCAGGAACUGAGAUCAUGAUCUCGGCUGAGAUCAAAAGUCAGACACUUAACCGACUGAGCCACCCAGGCACCCCUUAAUUUGUAUUUUUAUCUAUCAGCAUUUAUUUAUUUAUUGCUGCAUAUUGCCAGAUUUCUCUCCAGAAAGAGUUAAUCAAUGCAUUCUUAUCACGAAUAGAGCUCAGAGCAGGGAAUACCUAGUCCAAACUAAAUUUCAGGAGAGACUUCUCAGAGGAAUUGACACUGGGGCUGAGUCAAAAUGAGACCGAGUCAGGUGAGCAAAAGAGCAGAUAAAUAAUCUAUAGGGAGGCAGGCCUGGCUGGGUUUAGGGCUGGCUCCACUCCCCACCCCCCACUUGUUUGUACUUGCCCUCUCCGAUGCUAGAUAUCUUUGACCUGUUUAAUCUUUGCUGAAUAGAAUUACUCUUUGCCAUUUUUUUUAACUUGUAUUUAUUUACUAUUGGAACGGUUUCAAAAUCCAUUUCCUGGUCUAGAGGACACAGGAACAAUGGCUGCCAGGAGUGUUCCUUCAGAGAUCAUAGAAAAAGAACGAAAAAAGUUACUUGAAAUCCUCCAACACGAUCCUGAUUCUGUCUUAGAUUCGUUAACCUCUUGGGGGCUGAUUUCUGAGGAAGAGUAUGAGACUCUGGAGAAUGUUACAGAUCCCCGGAAGAAAAGUCGAAAGCUGUUAAUUUUGGUACAGAAAAGGGGAGAGGUGAGCUGUCAGCAUUUUCUCAAGUGUUUACUUAGUACUUUUCCAGAGUCAGCUACUGUUGGUGGCUUACAAAAUGAAUUUUUAAAACAUGAGAAUAUAGAACCUCUUCAAGCUAUCGGGAUAAGCAAGAAUUCAGAAGAUGUUUUUUCCUCCGGAGAGAAACAGCCCGAGAAUCCUGAAAUCACAGUGUCCUUCAAAGAGAAAGAACACCUGGAUAUGGGAAUUUCUGAGUGCUUCAGGGACACGAAAACUACUUCUAAGGAAGCUGCUUGGUCCUCAAGGGAAAAUGAGAAGGAAUACAACACACCAAAAGGCAUAUUGCCACAUUUAGUUGAGAACGUUAAAUACGAAAUUCCAGCAACCAUUGAGUAUUUACAGGAUGGACAGAGAUACGAGGAGCCAGAUGAUUCUUUGUACUUAGGAAAAGAGGAGUAUUUUGAAUCUGUUGGACACUCUGAAGAUGGAGAAACCUCUGUGGAAGAAGAAGAUUAUAAUGACUCAGAGCACGGUAUUUAUGAUGGCGAAGAGGGCGCUGCAUAUUCAGAGACCACACAGUUCUCUGAUGAAGAACAGAGUUAUGAGGAUUCCGAAACUGGCAUGUCAUUCGCAGCGGAGGAGGAGAAAAGGAUGGAAGAAAGAAAAAAGGUAUUUAAAGAUGUCCUGUCAUGUUUGAACAUGGAUAGGAGCAGAAAGCUUCUGCCAGAUGUCGUUAAACAAUUCUCCUUAGAUCGAGGAUGUAUGUGGACACCUGAGACUCCAGGAGACUUAGCCUGGAAUUUCCUGAUGAAAGUUCAAGCGCUGGAUGUCACGGCCAGAGAUACAAUCCUCAGACACAAGGUUCUGGGUGAGGGUAACAAAGAGGAACUGCUGACUGGAGUAGAGAAUUUGGAAAUUAGAGACAUACAAACCAUUAAUCCCUUUGAUGUUCUUUGUGCAUCUAUGCUCUGUUCAGACAGCUCGUUGCAACGCGAGGUCAUGUCAAACAUGUAUCAGUGCCAGUUUGCUCUUCCCCUGCUCCUGCCAGAUGCAGAAAACAACAAAAGCAUCUUAAUGCUGGGGGCCAUGAAGGGCAUUGUGAAGAAGUGGUCAGCACAAUCUUCAGGAGGGCCUAUAGGGGAUACAGAAAAGUGCCUGACUCUCAUGAAGAUGCCUGUCAUCUCUUUUGUGCGCCUAGGAUACUGUAGCUUCUCCAAGUCCAGAAUCCUCAACACACUGCUUGUCUCUGACCAACUAAAAUCACACAAAAUCUUUCUCCAUCAGGAUUUUACUGGCCCGGUGUUUCCCCGGCAGAUCUCUGACGGCCUGGUAGAGAUAAUGUGGCAUUUUCCUGAUAGCGAUGGUCUAAUGGAAAAUCCUAGUGUUUUCCAAAAGCCUGUUGCUCUGGCCAACCUUCGUGGAGAUCUAGAAAGUUUUUGGACACAGUUUGGUUUCUUGAUGGAAGUUUCCUCAGCUGUGUUUUUUUUCACUGACUACCUAGGUGAGAAGGAGUGGGACUUGCUAAUGUUUUUAGGAGAAGCUGCCACCGAGAGAUUCUACUUUGUCCUCAGUCCCCAGGCCCAGGAGAGUGAAGAGACACAGCUUUUCCAGACGACUCUGAAGUUGAAGCCAUCACAGCUACUGUUUUGGAAGGGGGAGGCACCUGGGGAGAGAGGGAAGAAUAUUGAGGGUCUUCAAGCUGCUCUCCAGGAAGUGAUGUCCUCUUCGCUCAGAUGUGUGUCUGUGGAGGACAUGGGCUCCCUGGCCAGGGAGUUGGGAAUCCAGGUAGACCAAGACUUUGAGAACGUUCAGGGGAUUCAAACUCCCCCUAGUGAAAAUUUGUCUGGAACAGCUAAAGAUGAGAGACAAAAAAGACCCAGUCAGUCAGAAAGCUCAUGUGAAAAUCCAGCUGUGAUGUCUGGAGAAUCUGGGGCUAGCCAGAAUCUCCAGAAUUUCUACCUCCUCCCAGGAUUCGUGCCUCGUCUGGAAAACUGUCCUUUACCAACCAGAAUUGGAGGGAACUUUAACCAUGUUUCUUUGAAAGCCCCCUGGGUUACAGGCUCCCACUUUUGGUCAGAGCAGAGGUCUAAGUGGUUCUGUCCCUGGCCCUUUCAGAAAACAAGGGCCUAUGGUCGAGGUAAAAGUUUUGGGUUUCGGUACUUCCAGCCCCAGAGAUUUUAUUCACCUGAAAGAUUCACGAAAUUUUCAAGAACUGCUUUGGGACAUCCUAUGACUAAAACAAUUGGAGGACUACCAAGACCUGUGUCUCAGCAUGUACACGCCUGGUCCAGGAGACCACAGACAACAGGAGCUCUUGAAAGGUCUGUGGUAGUGGUCUCCCAGGUAGGUCACUCCCACUCCCUGGGUCUGCAGCCAGCAGAAGCAGCUGGGAAGUCACAGCCUAAGCAAGGCUACACCCAUAGAACACAGCCACCAAGGGCACCUGGGAAACCUAUGAAAACAACAUCCCAUAUUGAAGGUUUUUACCCUCAGGCCUUUCAACCAGCAGGAGCCACAAAAAAACCUUUAAGGCCUGCCUCUCAUCAAGGAGCCAAACUGAAGACACAGGAUGGGCCUUUAAAUCCAGCCUUCCAAAGGUCCAAUAGCAAAUGUUUACCCAGCUCUCAGUUCAAACCGAGUCAGCCCAAGCCAUCCCAGGUCAAACACUCUCAACCUGUGCCCUCUCAACCCAAACCCACUCAAACAAAACCCACUGAGUGCCACCCCUCCCACGCUAAACCUUCUCCACCCAAACCCACUCAGCCCAAACCAUGCCCAUCCCAGUCCUCCCAGUGUAAGCCUUCUCAGCCCAGGGCCACUCAACCCAAGUCAUCUAAGACUAGUCCUGCACAGGCUAAGGCAUACCAUGCAAGAGCAGGGCCCAAGAAGGCUGGGAAACAUUAAAGUGCUUACUCUAGAGACCUAUGAAACGUAUCCUUAACCCAGACCAUUGCUCUCAUGUGGUAACCUGAAGAAGAGUGGUGGUCAUGGUAAGAGACCACUAUUAUUAGCAUGACACAGAAAAAGAAAAGAUAUACACAACCUAAACGGUAUCAUUAAAACAUUUGUAAGAAUGAUUUUUUCCAACAGGAAAAAUAUGAAACAAUUAAGAGUAGAAUCGAGGAGUAAAUAAAUGAACUAAAUCCAACCUCGAGUAUUAGGUGAUAUAUAACCUGAAUCCGAGGAAUGGGGCUGUUGAGACCACCCCAUAAAAUAAGGCUCAGGCUGCCUGAUUGUUGCAACAAAAAUUGCUCUAAAUGUUGGCUGCUCCAGAGGUGUCUUGGUCAAAAGUUUGUGGUCAAUAUCAGCCACUAAGCAGAUAACCUUGUUUGUUUGAGGGAUGUUUAAAUCAACUUACUUGUGAUAAUAGUUCCAAUUUGCUUGGAUAAUAUAACUCUCUCAUUUGACCCUUACAUAUAGAAAUAAUGAACUAACAACCAAUGAUAUAAAUUAUUUUGCAUUAACUUGGGUAUGAUUUGACUAUGUUUUAUACUUAAAAUGUUUGUAAUAGUUAAGAUAAUUUGGCUUAUUAGAGGAUCUUAUACAUUGUCCUCAAGAUUCCAACUUAAAAUGUAUACUUGAGUUUUUAAUUUUAGAGUUGUGACUUUUUAAGUUGAAAAGAUUAAGAUAGGUUUACAAAGCUUGUAAAAAGCAUUGCAAUGUUUAACAGAACUUAAGAUUUACAAAAUUUACAAUUUUAAUUCAUUGGAUUCACUAUUAUCCUAGACAUACAGGUAAGUUCUGCUAAUUAGAAGGAUAAGUAAAAGGAAUGUAUUAAAUUUAGAAUAUUUAAGCAAAGUUUAAUUGUAAAUGACAUAAAAUAUUAUUAAAAGGUCACUUUAAAGAUUCAUGUUAAAAUUCACUAGAUGUAGAAAUAAAAUAAUAAGAUUUGUAAAUUGGAUUAAGACCUCUGGUUUUUGGAUUUUGAUUUUUGAAAAAUUAAUACUAAUUUUUAAGUACUAAAAUAACCCUGCUUGUCUUUCCUGGGUUUUUUUUUUUUUUUUUUCUUUUUUGCCUUCAAGGACACCAAGGGAAAAAAAUCAUAUUGAUGCAUAGUUAAGAAAUGAUCUUUAAAAAGGAAUAACUAAUCUCUGAGAACAUUCUCAUACUAUAAUAGGUAUCCUUCAUUUGUGCCUGUUUUAAGCAAUUAAUAUUGAGUAUUUAGAGGGUGCUAAAUCUCCUAAGGUUAUUGAAAGGAUGAAGAAAGAAGGGACUAUGCAUGUAGAUUUUUCUAUUUGUCUUUUCAAGAGAAAAAGCGUAACUAUCAUAACUACAAAAUCUUUGAUGUUAAAGUGGAGCUUCUCAAUGAAAAUAAUCUUUUUGUUGUUCAAACUUUUGAAAUGAGCAAUAUUAGUGAUGUUUUAAAAAUGUUUUUCUGAACAUUUCUUCAAGAUUAGUUAUUGGAGGAGAGAACUUGUUGGGCUCUUUGUUACCAACAGAUUCUGUGUCAGUUUGGGUCAUGACAAUACAUAUGUGGUUCAUUCAAAUCGGACACCUUUAGGAGAGUUUAAUAAUGGGACUAUUUAUAAAGGGCUGGACAAGAGGUAUAAACAGUGUAAAAGAGAGGGCAGCACACUGGAUGUGAGUGCGAGGCACGUUGUCACCCCAAGAUCUGAAGGGAGAGGGGGGCAGUGCUUUCUCCAGUCAGAAGAGCUGUGUAGGGAAGGGUCUUGGGUCUGGCUGGUUGAGGGGGACAGCAGGCUACAGUGACCCACAGGGAGUGAUUCCGGGGAAUAAAUAUUUACUCCACACCCGAUCUGAUGGUGCAUCCCCUUGGCCAAAGCCAACCAGAAACCAGGAAACAAGGAACCCACUUAGGCAGUUCAUGUUGAUCAGUCUUAGGGUUCAGAGCAGGGUGGAGAGUGAACCUGGAGGGGCAAACAGAUGGCACUUAACAGAUUUCUCCCUUUCCAUUUCAUUCUUCCUUCCUUUUCUCUUUUCUCCCUUCUUCCUUCUCUUGCACUUAUUUAUUGAGCAUAUAUUAUGUGUAAGGCAUUGGAGCAGGAACUGAGGAGACAUGGAAAGAGAAUGAGAAAUCCUACUAUAGUUGUGAGACCCUAUAAGUCUGUUUCCUCUUUAUUAUAAAACUAUAAGCUUCAUUGGGGUGCCUGGGUGGCUCAGUCAGUUGAGCGUCCGACUCCUGAUUUCAGCUCAAGUCAUGAUCCCAGGGGUUGUGGGAUCGAGCCCCUCAUCGGACUCUGUGCUGAGCAUGGAACCUACUUAAGAUUAUCUCCCUCUUGGGAAAUACAUAUCAAAACCACAAUGAGAUACCACCUCUCACCUGUCAGAAUGGCUAAAAUUAACCACUCAAGAAACUACAGAUGUUGGUGAGGACGCAGAGAAAGUGGAACUCUUUUGCACUGCUGGUGGGAAUGCAAACUGGUGCAGCUACUCUGGAAAACAGUAUGGAGUUUCCUCACAAAAUUAAAAAUAGAGCAACCCUAGGAGCCAGCAAUUGCACUACUAGGUAUUUAUCCAACGGAUACAAAAAUGCUGAUUCAAAGAGGCAUAUGCCCCCCCCCCCAAUGUUUAUAGCAGCACUAUCAACAAUAGCCAAAUUAUGGAAAGAGCCCAAAUGCCCAUCGACUGACAAAUGGAUAAAGAAGAUGUAGUAUAUAUACACAAUGGAAUAUUACUCGGAGAUCAAAAAGAAUGAAAUCUUGCCAUUUGCAACAACGUGGAUGGAACUGGAGGGUAUUAUGCUAAGUGAAAUAAGUCAGAGAAAGAUACCAUAUGAUUUCACUCAUGAGGAAUUUAAGAAACAAAACAGAUGAACAUAGGGGAAGGAAAGGAAAAUAAGAUAAAAACAGAGUGGAAGGCAAACCAUAAGAGACUCUUAAAUACAGAGAACAAACUGAGGGUUGCUGGAGAGGAGGUGGGUGGGGGGAUGGGCUAAAGGGUGAUGGGCACUUGGGAGCACACUUGUUGUGAUGAGCACUGGACAUUAUAUGUAAGUGAUGAAUCACUAAAUUCUACUCCUGAAACCAUUA